CAAUAGUAUUCGUUGGCGCUAUAUAUCGGCGCAGGGGAGAUUUCCUCCUGAAUAUUCUUUAGCAAAUAAAAAGCAUGCUCGCAAAUUCCAAACUCAAAAUCAAAAACCACCAUCGUUGAGAUCACACCUUUCUCUCUCUUCCUUCUGAGGUUUUCCCCUCACGUUUCUCCCAAGCCCCUUCAUUUGGUUUUUCUUCUCUCAUCGUAGCGUUCGGAUUUCGCCCUUCAAUCGCUUCAGCGAGGAUAGUCCCUCACCAGUUGGACUCUGAUUCUCUUGGGGUUCUAUUGAGGGGCUGUUUUCUGAAUGCGCGAAUGCCAGAUGAGAUAAACACUCGUUGCAUGUAUCGGGUCUUUGGCUCUUUCCCUGCAUAGUGUGAAUAUUGCGUAAGAUUCUUCAUGGCAAAGCGUGUUUACCAAGUCUGGAAAGGGAGUAAUAAGUUCAUUUGUGGAGGGAGGUUGAUAUUUGGGCCUGAUGCUCGAUCCCUUCUUGUCACGUUGUUGCUGAUUACCGUUCCAGUCAUCAUCUUUUGUGUAUUUGUAGUGAGGCAUCUUCGGCAUGAAUUUUCAUCGUAUGAUGCAGGAUAUGCUAUUCUAGUUAUGGCAAUUCUCUUUACUAUUUGGGUUCUGGGUAUUCUCUUUCUUACUUCAUCACGUGAUCCGGGCAUUAUUCCAAGGAAUUCAAAUCCACCAGAGGAAGAGUUUCGUUAUGAUUCUUCAGUUUCUGCUGAUGUAGGGGGACGACAGACACCAAGCCUUCAGUUCCCUCGAACCAAAGAAGUAAUGGUCAAUGGCCUUCCUGUAAGGGUGAAAUACUGUGAAACUUGUAUGCUGUAUCGUCCUCCACGCUGCUCACAUUGCUCCAUUUGCAACAAUUGUGUUGAGCGUUUUGAUCACCAUUGCCCGUGGGUUGGUCAAUGCAUUGGAUUGAGGAACUACCGUUACUUCUUUCUGUUCGUAUCUUCAGCAACUAUCCUAUGCAUAUAUGUAUUUUCCAUCUCAGCUUUCUACAUUAAGGUUCUUAUGGAUCAUGGUGAUGGCACAGUUUGGAUGGCAAUGAAAGAAUCCCCCGCAUCAGUGAUAAUAAUGAUUUAUUGUUUCAUCGCUCUGUGGUUUGUUGGUGGACUAACUGGUUUUCACCUAUACCUUAUCGGCACAAAUCAGACUACCUAUGAAAACUUCCGGUACAGAGCUGACAACAGGGUUAAUGUUUAUAAUCGUGGUUGUUUAAAUAACUUUCUGGAAGUAUUUUGCACUAAAGUUAAGCCCUCCAGAAACAAUUUCCGGGCCACUGUACAAGAGGAGGUUCAGAGGCCACCGCCUCAAGUCAGUACCAGGGAACCUGAACCUGAAGACGUGGUUGGAGAGCCACGUCCUAAGGUUGAAGAUGAUCUAGAUAUUGGUGAAGAUCUAUUGAAGAUAUCACAGCGUCGGGAUAUUGAAGAAAUCGAGGAGGACAUCCAGAGUAGAGGGAGCAAUGGACCUCCACUUAACACUUCGGAGGCUGACUCAACUUUGCAGUCAGAUCACCGAGCUCAGACAAUUCGGUCUGAUGCUAGGCACUCAAGUUGGGGAAGGAGAAGUGGGAGCUGGGAAAUUUCACCAGAGGUCCUUGCCAGUUCAAGUGUCACUGAAAGCAGAAGCUAUGUUGCUUCUAAUGAGGUGCGCCAAUGACCUGUGGUUUGAUUUUCUGAUGUUAGCAUGCCAUCAAUAUGAAUGAUGUGGGUUUUACCUGGAAUAUUGUGAGAGGAAGAGGAGACCUGAUGAUCGGAGUUUAUGGAGCAAAUGGAAUUUGAAUUGAUGGAAAGGUCUGGGUGCAAAAUCUGAGUGGACCACCUUGUGGCAAUCCUCUGGCUUUGUUGGAAAGCAUAGAAAUGCGUGUUUUUAUUUGCCUGAUAGUUUUUUCCUCUACGGUUCGAUAUGUGGCCGGCAUCUACGCUGCUGGCUAUAUUCUUUGUGUAAAUAACCAGUUGUGAAAAAUGCUAAAAAUUUCCCUGCUUAUUGGGUUUUAGGCUCUAUGUACAAACUUGGUUACCAAGUAAAAAAAUGCUUUCAUCCAAGCUGUUGAUAUGAAGUGGUCUUUUCUUUUC